UAACAACACAACCACUGGUCAGCCUGCAGUUAAUGGUUUCGGCACUGAUAACACAAAAUCAAUGGCAAAUGUCAUCAAGAAAUAUGUAACAGCUGGUUCUGCAGUCAUACUGAAAUAUGUUGCACUUCCUUUAUUGGCGAACGCAUCCCUAGAGAUUGAGAGGUUGUUGUGGUGAAGGGGAAACAGGGAUCAGAUGCUGAAAGAACAUCCAAAAUGUUGUCUUAACCACCUUAUUUUGACCAAACAUGGAAACAGUUAGCUGACGAUGUAUAGAGACCAUCACAUUUUCAUGUUAUUUAGUUCCUCACAGGUUUUACAUAGGACUUUGUAUACAUGUUACACAAGUAUUCUGGUGAAACAGGUGUCGUAGGAUCUCUACAAGUCCAAGACAUCAGAGGCGUCCAAGUGGUACCUCUCUUAUGUUGCAGCUGCGGAUCUCCUGUGGUUGGCAAGAGAAGCGGUACCUCUCUUAUGUUGCAGCUGCGGAUCUCCUGUGGUUGGCAAGAGAAGCGCACCAUCCUGUGGAAGGUCCGAGAUCGGAAAUGACGAUGAAGAAAUUGAGAUGGGCAAUGGACAGUGGGUUCUGGGAUUUGGACAUGUCUACGCCGGUUACUUUGGACGGCAAGGCACGCCCUGUCGCCGGCGACCCUCUGCCUCUGGGCGUAAGCCGCGGCGCCAGGCUUUCGAGGCCCAGACAGAUCGAUUUCUUCCAGCGUUUUAUGGCUGCACCCUUUGUCCCUUCUUUCACUCCUGACCGCGGUCUUGCUCUUGAAAGGGUCUUCUCUCUUCCCCUGCCUUCUUCCAUUGGUGAACGCUGGUUUGCAACAUUACUUGGACAAUUUAAUAUCCAGAAGUUUGUGACCUCUAUCAAAAAGGAUGGGACAUUGCAAAUGUCAGAACCAUCAUGGUUACAACGCAUCAAAAAACACCUUUCUGAAAAAUCCCUUUAUGCUUUCAACCUCUGUUCAGAACUUUUGGUAACACCUGAUGAUACUCUUCUUCUUAGCUAUGAAGGAUAUGGUGAUGAGAAGAACUCUAGGACGAAAGCAGUUCUUCAUCACAAGUUUCCUCAUCAUAAUCUCAUUGUUGAAGCUGCUGGGCUAGAACGUUUUGUUGAUCACAAUGGUAACCACUGGGAUGUUCCAUUUUCUCUGGCAGCUGAUGUUGCCUCAGUUCCUGCUGACUCUAGUACAAGCUAUCAUUUGUGCAUUAAUCACGUGAUGGGUUCACCGAAUGAAGUUCAAACUCAGUCAGCUGGUGGAGCACCUGCUGCUCUACUCCCCGGUUUGUGUGCCAAAUGUGCAGUAUCCUUUAAGAAGAAUGCCAAUAUUUGGACAAGUGAAGCACCAAAAUUAUCAAUGGUGCAACCUUACGACAUUUUUUUGUCCGAUCCUCAUAUUUCAGUGUCCACCCUUCUAGGUGCUGUUGUGACAGCAUUUGUUGGUAAUACGUCAAUCAGAACACAAGGAGAACAUGAUAUACAAUAUUUGAAGGGCUCUGGACUUCAAGCACAGGCAGAAAAUUCUGCCAUUUCAGCGGACCUGUUUGCAUCUGCGUUUUUCUCAGCACAACAUGGAAAUUUCCAAAGGUUAUUCCUGGAUUUGACACGCAUCAAUGUACGUUUGGAUUUCCCAUCAGGGUUAAAGUUUCUCUCUGGUGCUGCUCGUGUGGGUUAUAAUCUGUAUAAUUCUCAAGAACCAAGUUGGGAAACAAUUGAGACGUUAUGUCCAAAAGCCACCUUGUCAUUUCAGCAGCAGAUUGCUGGACCUUUCAGCCUUAGAGUUGAUUCUGAAGUAGCACUUGAUCUGAAAAAAGGGAACUGGUACCCAGUCAUGAAUGAUCCUGUAUUUGCAGUUGAAUAUGCCUUGCAAGUUCUUGGUUCAGCAAAGGCUGUUGCUUGGUAUUCACCGAAGCAGCGCGAAUUUAUGUUGGAACUUCGUUUCUUCGAGACCUAAAACCAUAAAUAUUUUUCCAGAAUUUGUUCUGGGCAGUCUAAUGGUUUCACCUCUUUGGCUCAUCAUUGGUCGUCAUCUUUUUAUUUGUAUUAUGUCGUUUAAAAUUAGUAGCAAUCUAGCCAUCUUGGUUGAGUUGAUAAGCAUAUGGACUUGGAACAUCAGAAGUGCGAACACAUUCCAGCAUGUGUGUGUAAAAUUCUAGAGGUAAUGAUCAUGUGGUUCUUAUUGUUAUUGAUAGUUGGAAGUGAUGAUCUUUAAGAUCACCAAUGAUGGGGUUAUAGCUUUUGACACUUUGUGAUCUGCCAGUCGGGAUUUGAAACUGGGAAAGAUUAUUUUUAGACAGAUCCCAAAGUGAUAAAUGCAGACUUUUCGAAACUUUGCUAGUUAUGAGUUAGUAUUUGUUUGUGUCGAAUUGUUUAUUGAAGAUUCUUUAAAUGAGAGAUAUAGCAGUUACAUUUAGUGCAACUCAUCACCGCAUUGGAAAACCUCCCCGAGUCUUCUUGAAGGUCAAUUUUGAUAGUGCAACUUUUCCUGAGGACAGCUCCUUUGGUGUUGGACUGGUUGUACGGAAUAUAGGGGUGCCUUUGCAUGUUUUGUCGGGGAACUCAGAGGAAGCUUUUCAUAACAUGUUAUUGAGUCGUACGCUGCAACCCUUGGGAUGUUCCUGACAUUCCAGUUGAAGCUUCUAAGAGUGAUCAUAGAGAUGAUUCAGUAUUUUUUUUGGUAUGACCUACAAGUAUCUGCAUCUGAUUUGCGGUCUACGACUAAUUCUGUUCGAAUCGGGCCGAGCUCCUUGUAAGGGUAAGUGCUUCCUACAUUGUCCUUUUCAUUUUCAUGAGUUUCGAAUCCGAGAUCUCGUGGUUAAAGGAUGUAAGCUUUUUUUACUUGCACCAACAUUUGUUGGUAUUGAGGUAAUUCAGUGAAAGACAUUAUUGAGCUAUGAA